AUGAGCGAUACCGUUCUCAUCGACCGGAGCACGUACACGCCCGCACAAACAAUCGAAACUAUCUGGGAGCACCUGAAUCUGCCCCUCGAUGCGCUGACGUCGCUGUCGUUGACCGGCUCUGGUCUCGGCUUGCCGUCUUCGUUCAAGAUAGGGCAUCUCGCACAGAGCACAAUCGCACUCUCAGCACUGGCCGCAUCACUCGUUCGGGCUACGCGAGACAAGACGGCUGUUGCAAAUGUAACUGUCAAUCUGCGGCACGCAUGCGCCGAGUACAAGUCCGUUCGACUGUACACGAUUGAUGACAAGCCCCCUGAGUCAGGCUGGGGUCCGCUUGGGGGUCUUCAUCCGAGUAGGAAUGGAUACGUGCGCAUACAUGACUCGUUUCCGAAUCACCGCCAGGCUGCACUUGAUAUCUUGGGAUUGGCGGCUACAGCCUCUCGCAACGAUGUCAGUAAUGCUACAAAGGAUUGGGACGCGGUAGAUCUCGAGACCGCCGCUCACCACGGAAAAGCGGUAAUUGCAGCUUUGAGGACAUACGCACAAUGGGACGUACUUCCGCAGGCCAAAGCAGUCAGCGACUUUCCCGUUUUCCUGCGUCGGAUAAGUGAUACAGAGGCGGAGCUCUGUCCUGGACUCGUUCGUGAUGAUCUGAGCUGUCUCCGAGGCCUCCGUGUCCUUGAUCUAUCACGCGUUAUCGCAGCUCCAUUAGCAGGCAGAGUUCUUGCGGCCCACGGUGCAGAUGUAUUAUGGGUGACAUCACCGAACCUCCCUGACCAACCUGCUCUAGAUCGAGACCUCGCACGAGGGAAGCGUACUAUACAACUUGAUAUCAAAAACAGCGAAGACGAUCGGUCUACGCUCCGUGACCUUGUGUCGUCGUGCGAUGUAUUCCUUCAGGGGUAUCGCCCACAAAGCCUAUCUUCCUACGGUUUCUCGCCUGCUGAGCUGCUGGCGAUGAACCCAAGAAUCGUAAUUGCCAACAUGUCUGCCUAUGGAACAGAUGGGCCGUGGGCUGAUAAACGAGGCUUCGAUUCUCUAGUCCAGACUUGCUCUGGUAUGAAUGUGUCAGAAGCUCAGCAUGCUGGACAUGGCGAGCCGGCUCGUUUGACUUCGAGCCAGCCGCUCGAUUAUGGUGGAGGCUACCUACUUGCUACUGGCAUCAUGGCAGCGCUCUAUCAUCAGUCACAUACUGGUGGUGCGUACCAGGUGGACGUCUCUCUUGCGGGUGUCAUGAAGUACCUCCGGUCGUUAGGGCAGUUGCCCGGUGAUUCUGGGUUUCAAUGCGAAGAUAUACUAAACACGAAACAAGUCAUGGACUUGUUAGAAACACGCAAUAGCCUCUUUGGAGAGUUGCGAGCUCUCAAGCAUCCUGCUGAUAUCCAGGGGGCUAGAAUCGGCUUUGACAUCAUGCCCAAGCCCCUUGGCAGCGACAGCCCGGUGUGGCUACAACGUAGAAGCUACGAAGAAGUUACAAUAGUCGCCGCAGUUGGAUAUCUCAAAUUUGCCGAUUGGACAGAGCCAUUAACUCAAGAUAGCCUCCAUAGAAGGGUUUCGGGCCUCCUGAGAGUCGUUCCUGGGACCCCACCAGUAGGACCUCGACAAUUGCGCUUUAUGUUCCCUCAUCCUUCAGACCGGCAACCGGCAGAUGUUACGUCGGAUGUUAUCAAGGGCGCAAUAAAAAGUCUCAUUGACAGUGGAGCUGUCAAGCUCAUUGUCCCUGCAGUCCCUGUAUAUACCAUUCCACAGCGCGACCCUACUUCACACAGCUCCUUAUCGAAAGCCACAUCAGGCCAAGGGAAAGAGCCUGUGGAGAAUGUCAAGAGCGAUUUUGGAGAUGAGGCUGAAGUCCGCACUAUUGAAGGGAGUAGUACAAGUACGGCGGUACGUCCGAGCGCAUGGCUUCGUUUUGAAACACAGCAAGGAAAACCCUACAACUUCAAUGGUUCUACGACCGGCCGUAAUCUACCUGCGGAUACUCGUAUCCCUAAUGAACGUAAGAAGGCUACCAAGAAUGGAUUGGCCAGCUCGAGUACAUCUCUCCAAAACCAUGCAGCAGCAGAGAAACGAUCCACCAGGGAACGAGCCAACGAGCUAUUGGGGAUUUCACCAAGCCAGGCCGAACGUAUACGCACGGCAGGUAUGGAUAUGAUACUCACCGUAACGGGCGACAUCCUUCGAUUCCGGUACACAGGCGCGGACUUUGACUUCGUCACAGUUCAUGAUGUUGCAAUCGGAUACAACAUCUUAAUGUUGAGAAACGAAACCGAACAGGACUUCAAUACGUUGGAUGAUCGACUGCGAUUGGUAUAUGAUGCCCCGGGGUUUGAGAUCUACAUACGAGAAACUGAAUCAAGGGGCUACAACAUUCUGAUUGGAAGGAGUGGUUGCGAAAUGAGGCUGUGA